GUCUCUCUUCACCGCCAUACCUUCUUUCGACUACCUUUCUUUCUUCGAUACAGCCUCUCCCUUUUGUUCCGACCUUCUGCAUCGCUCCCGCGCUUUCGCCCACGACGACCUCGCCGCUCUGGAGCCCCUCCUGCCUCGUAUCCUUCUCCGCCUCCUCCGGCUCCACGUCCACCAGCUCUCCCGGCGCGCCUUUCCCAAAUGUGCACAGCAUCAUAGAUCGCCGGCAUUCUGCUGCCUUUGAGCUCCCUUGCCCGCUGCCGCCGUCGCUGCCUUUGAGCUCCCUUGCCCGCUGCCGCCGUCGCUGCCUUUGACCACAUUUCCACCAUGCGGCCUCUCCGCCUCCUGCUUUCUCUCGCGUCCAGCGUCAUAGCCAUAACUCUACUAUUAUACAUCAGCUUCGGCGCCCAGUCUCCCCAUCAAUCUCCAAAUGUCCAGCCGACCGUCAAGAAGAGCAAGCUACGUGCUCUCUUCUCCUUCACCUCGCCGUCAUCGCUCUUCCCCCCCUCCGCAAUCAUCAGCCUCACCGAUGACAACUCGACCUUCUUCCUCGCUCGCCCUGCCGCUUUUGGACCACUGCUGCCCUCCAAAGGCCUGAGUGGUCAGCUCUGGAUUGGAAGUGGAUUUGGGGAUGAUACAAUGGGUCGCGGUGGCAUGGCUGCCGGAGCCGAAGGUGAACUUGGCUGCAGCGAUGUGCCAGGAUGGAGUGACGCCGAUCAGAACUCAGCCAGCUCUGACGCCCGUGUGGAUCCCAAGCGGAAAUCUCUCGGUACAACAACUGCGAGUGAUGGUACAUCUAGCUCCAAAGCCGACAAGCUAAAACGAGACAAAGAGCCAGAGCUAUCAGACGAAGCCAAGUCAGACGACAAUGACGGCACUGACGACCACCUCCAUCAUCCGCUUCCGAACUCGGAAAUGCCCAAGGAGCAUGGAUCAGUUGAAGGCGUCAAAGCCUCCGAGCAUGCAGAUAUUCAGUCAUUACAAGAAGGAGCCGAAAUAACAGGGAAGAUUGUCCUGCUGAGCCGUGGUGGCUGCGGCUUUUUGGAGAAAGUCAAGUGGGCUCAACGGCGAGGAGGUGUGGCCCUCAUUGUGGGUGAUGAUGUCCGAGGAGGUGCUUUGAUCCGGAUGUACGCCCACGGAGACACUUCAAACAUCACAAUCCCUGCUUUGUUUACUUCACAUACCACUGCCCACCUACUUUCAUCCCUGAUACCCUCAGGAGGUCUGAUGGAGGACCUAUCUUCGGAAGAUGCUGCAAAACCGGGUAUCACUGGAGCACGUCAACCGCCGAAGAAGAACGAUGGAUCACCAGGCAAAAAAGGAAAAGGGGACCGUCCGACAUUUACACGCACCGCUGAAAAAGCAGUGCAUACUUCGAAAGCUAAGAAGCAGAGCAAGAAUUCUCAUCUAACACCGCUUUCUAAGGGUGUCGAUGAAAUAGAAGAGCGCGUUGGGUGGUUCCGCUCGCUUCUUGCAGCUCUUGGGCUUGGAAGUGGUGGCCAUGCAUCGUCUUCAGGAGACAGCAGAAGACCGCCAAGCAGUGGAAAUCUGAACUGGGUUCAGGUGGAGGAUUGGACCGAUGAUGUCCCAACGAAGAAAGCAACCAAGCCUUCACGCAUCGCGAAGCCCUUGCUCCAAAAGCCCACUGCGACCAAGGCUGCUGAUGAUUUUGUCAUUGGUGUUCAAGACUGGCGCGAUCCCGACCUACUACCGCAGACAACAGCUAUCAACCACCGCCCAGAUGCGAAGAAAACGAAGCAAGAAUCGGAGCCCCUAGCAGGUGGCAAUGUCAUGCCUGGCAGCGGAGAAUAUGAGAAGGAAAGCAAACCUCAUCCCGGCGGCUCUAAUCCGGACGAGAACGAUCCAGGUUGGCUCAGUAGCUUCCUUGGUGACCAUGGCGAUGAUGACAGCUCGCGGCCAGUGCCGUCAAAGAGGACCAACGAGUACCACUUGCCACUACACACGAAAGCAGCAGAAUCCAACGCCCACACGAAGGAUGAAAACGAUAAUACAGGUGACACCGAGCCUCACGAGGGGCUGUGGGUAACUCUCACGCCCACGAAUAUGUCUUCGAGCCCCUUCUUCGAUACACUAUUAGUCCUCGUCGUCAGCCCGCUCGUUACUCUUACAGUCGUCUACGCACUUCUGCUUCUACGUUCCCGUAUCCGCCGCCGACGCUGGCGAGCACCAAAGUCUGUCGUCGAGAGACUGCCCGUUCGCACGUAUCACACGAUAUCAAGCGACGCCAACUCCGGGUCUUCUCCCGCGACAACACCAGCAUCAUCUUCACCAACCACUCCCCUUCUCCAACAUUCACAUUCUCGAAGAACCACUUCGCGCCCUCGACCGCGCUCUCGCACCACCUCCGAGGUCCCCGCAAGCUCCUCAUCCUUCCACCAACCACAUCAGCGUCCAACAUCCCCUGAAGAAGAAAAGCGGGAAGCCGGCCUUGCAGAAUGGCGACGCCGUUACGGUGGUCGCCAAAAGGAGUGCGUCGUCUGUCUCGAAGAGUACGUGGAUGGCGUAAGCCGUGUCAUGAGCCUCCCUUGCGGUCACGAGUUCCACGCCGAGUGCAUAACACCGUGGCUCGUAACCCGCCGCCGCACCUGCCCCAUCUGCAAAGGCGACGUCGUUCGCUCCCUCUCCGCCUCCCACCACGCGCGCCACGCCUCCCCCUCACCGGCCCCUUCUCUCUCCCGCUCUCCAUCCCAUCUCUCCCUCUUUCGCGACGACCUCUCGGACACAGACGUCCAAGCCCAAGCCGCCCAGACCCGCAACGAGUCUCCCUCCGCUUCUCUACCCGUCCCUGUCCCGGGCUUCGAGUCCCAUUCCCGCGCCGCGUACGAAGGCUUCCCGGAGUCGGACGUCGAGGCAGCGGGUUGGGCCGAGGACGACGACGAGCGAGACCGCGGGCACAGGAGCGACGGCGCCGAGAGCGGUGGAAGCAGUAUCCGCACCACGAUUUGGAGAGGCUUCGAAGCACUCCGGGGCGCCGGGGUGGGGCUGACGAGGAGAGCGGGGAGGGGAGGUGCGGAUCGGGAUCGCUGAUGGGAAUCUGCUGAACUCACCGACCCCGCUUGCGCACAGCGCUUUAUUUGAUACCAAUGCUUUUUCUUGUUUUUUGGCGUUUUGGGGAGU